AACUCUGGACUGUGAUCUAAUGUGUCGUAAUCAGUUUUUAAGUUCUUCUUUGGAAAAACAGAAGAAAAUUGUUAAUGAACUACACAUAGAGCUUAGUAAUUCUCAUAGCAGAGUUGUAGAAUUAGAAGCUAAAUUGGAAAGAAAGGAGACAGAAUUUCAAAUGCAACUAGCACGCGAAUUAAAUCCUUUGAAAGAACAACUUCAAGUUCAUACUCAAACAACCGGGAUUCUAAUAGCAGAGAAGGCAGAGCUCACUGCUGCUCUUAGCCAGGCACAACAGAGUACCAGACAUAGUACAGAAGAAAUAGAAGAAUUAAUGGGAAAGUUAAAAAAUUCACAACUUCGUGUAAUUGAAUUGGAAAAAGAAACAUCUACUUUAAAAAACAGUAACGAAGAACUAAGGAAAAAUUGCCAUCAGCUACAAAGUGAACACGAAUCUCUCGAAAAGAAAUUUUUUGACUUGAAGAAAGAAAAAGAAGACUUGAGUUUGGAGGCAUCAGAAUUGAAACAGAAAUUAAACCUAAAAAAGACAGAAUUGAUUGCUGUUCAACAAGAGCUGCACGAGAAAACUGCACUGCUUUCGUUGAGUGAACUUAGAAUACAACAGAUGAGAGGUGCUACACCAACAGAGGAGGAAAAACAUGCAGCAACUGUUUUAGAACAGGAACUAGCACAAGCUAAAGAAUCUUUAAAAGCAGUUAGUACUGAAAAGAAUGAAACCAAUAAACAGUAUCAAAAUUAUGUGAAACAGUUAGAUAUGCAACAAUCGAAAUUAUUAGAUGAGAUAAAGACACAGAAAAAGACUAUAGAAGAUUUACAAUCGAGAGAACAAAGUUAUCUGCAAAGACUUUCGGAACUUGAGCAACAAUUACAACAGGAGAGGGAAAAGAUAGAAAAUCUAUUGCCUUUGCAAGAUUGUAAAGGUGAAAUGAAUAAUCUAUUAAAAAAUAUAGACGAACUAACUCUCGAACAAGAAAGGCUUCAUGUUACACUUUCUGGGAAAGAUUCACAAAUCGAAAUGCUAACAAAAGAUAUAAACGAUCUACGCGAAGUAGGCAAUAAGGAGGCUGAAGUAGCAAAGUUAGCUAAUGCUCUUGAAAGUGAGCAGCUGGGAGCAUCUAGAGCGCUUCAUCAGAAUCGACAGUUAAAAGAACAAUUAACCGACAUGGAGAAUGCUUUUGUUUCCCUAAGCAAUGCAAAGCUGGAUUUAACGGAGAAACUUCAAGCAGAGCGUUCCAUUGGACGCAAGUUAAAUGCUCAAUUGAAUAACGUUGAAGCCGAGCUAGAACAAAUGAAAGAAAAACUGAAAGAAAAGGAGACUGUGCUCGAAGAACUCGAAAAGGAGAAACUUCAAAGUGCUCAGAUAGCUGAUCAGAUGCAACACUACCAGGCGCAGUCGCAUCAUAUCGAUACUUUCCAGCGGGAACUUCAAAACGCCCUGAUUACGAUAGAAAAACUAGAAAAAGAAAAGCAAGGGCUUGUGCAGAGAAUAAAUGAGAAAGUCGAAAACAGUGCUUCCCCUCAAAAUGACUCCAGUAUUACAAUUGAACAUAACGAUUGUAGUCUAGAAGAGAACGUAAACGAGGAGAAUUCAGAUGAAUGUAAUGUUGGAGUAUCAGAGCCUGUAAAACAAUUGGAACAGAGGUUUAAACAAACGAUGGAACGACUCGCUGAACUUACGGAAGAGAAACAAAAGCUUGAACAUCUUGUUUUACAAUUACAGAGUGAAACAGAGACAAUAGGAGAAUAUAUAACUCUGUACCAAAAGCAAAGAGCAGUUCUUCAAAAUAGGGCGAGAGAAAGGGAGCAGGUAUUCCGACAGUUGCUUGAACAAAGGAACCAACAACAAGAACAACUUCAUAAAUUAAAAGUUUUGGUUAGUGAUUUCCUCAGAAAAGAAUACAUGCAUUCUAAUGGGACAGAACACAUAAUACAAACAGAAGUGAACACCAACGAUAUUGUACCCGUGAAAAAGGCAAAAGAAGCAAAGGAAUCGGACACCGAUAAUACAAGUGUUUCAGAGCUCCUAGAUGUUUUAACAAAGAUAAAGGACUGUUAUGUUCAUUGUCCAAACCGUAGACGAACAUAAACAUAUAUAAUAGACUGC